AUGCAGCAUCAUCUGCCCACAGAACACAUUUGCAUACCCCCCUUCACCCUCUUCCUGGUCUACGAUGCGACCGGCUCCUUCCUCACCUCUCUCCUGCACGUCAACUCCUCUUGCGCCUCUCGCCCCGCCUCCUCCCGCCCCUCCCUCACCUGGACGCGCCCCACCAACCCCACCACCUCCUCCCUCACUCCCCACACCACCUCCAUCUCGUCAGACUCCCCUUCCCCUCAAACCCCCCACAACCCUCACAGCUCUCAGCCUUCCAGUCUCCCAGACGCAGAGGCAGCAGCAGCAGUGGCAGCAGUGCAGUCCCCCCCUUGGGGCUGUGUACCAGAGAUGCCAGCUGUCGACUGGCCUCAGCUGAGGUGGCGGUUUGAUUGGUCCACGUUCACCAUCCAUGCCACGUCGGACAGGAAGCCGUUGGCGGUUAGAGCAUGGUUGGGGAAAGAUAGGGAUGCUGGCUUGACUGCAAGGCACGACUGGGCGCACGAGGCCGGGCAGCAAGCGGCGGGACUUCCGGCUCAUCGUGAAGCAAGGGCUCGCCGGGUGGUGAGUGCCAUGCAGGGGAAGGGAGGUGGCUGGGUGGUGAGUGCAGGGGAAGGUGGUAGGGUGGUGAGUGCAGGGAGGGGAGGUGGUAGGGUGGUGAGUGCAGGGAGGGGAGGUGGUAGGGUGGUGAGUGCAGGGAGGGGAGGUGGUAGGGUGAUGAGUGCAGGGAGGGGAGGUGGUAGGGUGGUGAGUGCAGAGAGGGGAGGUGGUAGGGUGGUGAGUGCAGGGAGGGGAGGUGGUACGGUGAGCUUGGAUGUCUACAUUGCCAAGUUCGGCACCCUCUGUGUGCAGCCCAUCCCGUUCCUCCUGCACGCCGUCUCGCCGCCCGCACUGCAGCCUGACGGGCUCUGGCACUUCAGCUCGUCGGUCAAAGACAUUCCCAAGGUGCGUGUGUGGGAUGAAGCGUGGUUGAACUGA